ACACACACUCUCUCUCUCACACACUCACUGCACACACACACACUCACACACACACCUGACAGCGAACAUCAUGGCGAACGUGGCGGAUCUGCAGAGUAAAUACAGUAAACUGGCUCAGGAGUAUUCAAAGCUCAGAGCUCAGAAUCAGGUGCUGAAGAAGGCCGUGGUGGACGAGCAGACCGCCUCCUGCUCCCUGAAGGACGAGCUGAAGCAGAAGGAGCAGAGCUCGAGGAAGGUGGAGCAGGAGAUGGACAGCCUGAGCUUCAGGAACCAGCAGCUGACCAAACGAGUGGAGCUGCUGCAGGAGGAGCUGCUGCUGUCUGAGAGCAAGAGCAAGAAGAGCAAAGUGAUCAUACACACACAUGCUGACUGUUCCAUACAUGACAUAUUCCAUCUCCUAAACCUCACAAAACCCCUCUGCACAUAUUAAAACAUAUUUCAUAUUUCCUCUCGGUGACCGUUGGCUGGUCCUCACAGGUUAGCUGAUGUUUUUGGUCUGCCGUACUCAUGAGACACACACACACAGUUCUGUCAGAGCUGAUGAGACGUAAAUGAGCAGAUCAGGAGCUCUUCUGUCCAGCCACAGGAUUAGGAGAAGUUUUAGAAAUUACAGGGACCAAAUGAAAUGCUCUGUUACUCUCAGACACGUGAGAGAGCGAGGAUGUAUGAUGUGCAUCAUCCGUGAUUGUGUGUGUGUGUGUGUGUG